AUGAGCAUUACUAUCGAGCCUGAACUACCCCAACCCAGCCCUGCUGUUCUAGCCUCCUCAACAGGAUCCCAAUCAGAUAUCCCACGAGAGCCCCCAGAGCAUACCGAAGUUACUCAGAACCCUGAUGAUGCCCCACCUCUACAUGCCGUGAACAUUGCACCACGAUGGAACGAAUCGAAGACCAUGAUAUGGAGGCUCACAGCCACAUUUCUUUCUUCCUUUGUGAUGGGUGCUAAUGAUGCUGCAUAUGGAGCGAUAAUCCCCUACCUCGAACUAUACUAUCAUCAAACCUAUACCAUAAUCUCUCUUAUCUUCCUAUCUCCUUUCGUGGUGUUGGUGAUCACGUACAUAUUUGUUGGGUUCGGCAGUGGCCUGCAAAAUGCAGCAUGGAACGUGUGGAUAGGAAACAUGGCAAAUUUUAACGAAGUCCUCGGCUUUUUCCAUGGAUUCUUCGGAGUGGGAGCAACUAUCAGCCCUCUCAUCGCUACAAGUCUAAUAACAAAAGCGAAUUGGGAAUGGUACAAAUUCUAUUACCUGAUGAUCGGAGCUGCCGCCAUCGAGCUGGCAUACUCAGCAGCAGCAUUCUGGACUGAAUCAGGAUCCAAGUACCGAAUAGAAAACCUAAGCACACGAACCAGAGGUUCAGGCGGUACAUUUUCUCAAACUCGUCUUUCGCUUACAUACAGAGUGACCUGGAUAAGCGCCAUAUUCCUUUUCUUAUAUGGUGGGAUCGAAGUAUCAAUCGGCGGCUGGGUCGUUCUCUUCAUGACGAAUAUACGACACGGUAGUGCCUUCGCAUCUGGAAUGACCGAAACGGGGUUCUGGCUCGGUAUCACAGUUGGACGAUUCGUAUUAGGAUUCGUUUCUCCGCGUGUUGGCCAGAAGCUAUCUAUAGCUCUAUACCUCGUUCUAGCCAUGGCACUAGAGUUUGUAUUCUGGCUUGUGCCGGACUUCUUCGUCUCAGCUGUUUCAGUAUCCCUUGUUGGAUUUUUCUUGGGGACGAUAUUCCCCGGUGUUGUCGUUGUUGCCACACGGCUUUUACCUAAGGAUUUACAUAUUGCUGCGAUUGGGUUUGCGGCGGCUUUGUCGAUGGGUGGGGGUGCUGUUUUUCCGUUUUUUAUCGGUGCGAUUUCUCAGGCUAAGGGGGUGUGUAUACUUCAGCCUAUUCUUUUGGCCAUGUUGGCUGUUGCACUUGGUAUUUGGGGGACUAUACUUGGAGCUCAGAGGCCGGAGCAGUCACAUCAACCUUGA